UGGGCAACACGGGUGGUGCGCCUGCGAUCAGGUGGCAGCCCCAAGGGAAACUGAUUGCUCAGCUCCGCCCGAAACGAAUCGAAACAAUAACACAAACUGUUCACUUAGUCCGGAACUCUUGGAAUCCAGCAGCACCAUGUCCACACUGAACCGCCCCAAAUCCCCGCACACGCCCACCGCCAUUAAAAAGGGCGAGAAGGAGGACAGCUUCUGGGACAAGUUCAGCACUCUGGGCCGCAAACGCGGCACCCGCGAAGUGAAGAAGGUCCAGGAGGAGGGCAAAUACGCCAUCGACUCGCCCGGAUCGCCCAGCCAGUAUGACAUCCCGCCGGAGGACUAUGCCCUGCGCGAGCACGAACAACGCGCCGUCAUCGAUCCACAGUCCAUCAGUGAUCCCGAGGUGAUAAAGCUGCAGCGCAUCCUCGUCGACUGGAUCAACGACGAGCUGGCCGAGCAGCGCAUCAUUGUUCAGCACCUGGAAGAGGACAUGUACGACGGCCAGGUGCUGCACAAGCUGUGGGAGAAGCUCACCGGCAAGAAGCUGGACGUUCCGGAGGUCACCCAGUCGGAGCAGGGCCAGCACGAGAAGCUCAACAUCGUCCUGAAGGCCGUCAACCAUACACUCGGCUUUCACCAAAAGAUUCCCAAGUGGUCGGUGGCCAGCGUGCACUCGAAGAACAUCGUGGCCAUACUGCAUCUGCUGGUGGCUCUGGUGCGCCACUUCCGGGCGCCCGUUCGCCUGCCAGAGAACGUGUUCGUGACCGUCGUGAUUGCGGAGAAGAAUGCGGGCGUGCUGAACGCACAGAAGUUCCAGGAGCAGAUAACGUCCGAGUACGACGACCUGGGCAUGCGCUGCGAAAAGGACGCCUUCGACACGCUGAUCAACUGUGCGCCGGACAAGCUGGCCGUGGUGAAGAAGUCCUUGAUCACAUUCGUAAACAAGCACCUGGCCAAGCUGAACUUCGAGAUCAGCGAUCUGAACACGGACUUCCGCGAUGGUGUCUACCUGUGCCUGCUGAUGGGCCUGCUCGGUGGAUUCUUCGUGCCGCUGCACGAGUUCCACUUGACGCCGCAGGACGUGGAUCAGAUGGUCAGCAACGUGGCCUUCGCCUUCGACCUGAUGCAGGACGUGGGCCUGCCCAAACCAAAGGCGCGGCCGGAGGACAUCGUGAACAUGGACCUCAAGUCCACCCUGCGCGUCCUCUACAGCCUGUUCACCAUGUUCAAGGACUAUGCCUGAGUGGGAACCAGAUGGAACGAGCCAGCGGGUCGCAGGAGCAACAAGCGGCGCCAAUUUUACAUUUUAUAUUAACUUUUUGAUAGUGUUUACACGCCUAAUUUAUGUGCGUUCUCGAAACUGAUUGUAGGCGAUGCAGCGGUUAAUACUUACUGAUCCUAACUCUCAAAACCACAACUAAAUGCUGCUCCGCGUACAAUCAGCCCAAGGAAUGUUUAUAUAUAUAUAUAUAUUUAUGUGUGUCGUACGUCUAACCACUGCGAACUGCUCCAGAUUCAGAUUGCUCGGACCAGGAAGGAGCAGAGCAGAGCAGAGCUAACCCAAACCCAAAAUCCGGCGGCCAGUUGUUAACUUGUCUUACUCACGUGCCAGACGUUGUAGUUGUUACUAAGUGAAUUUAUUGUAUUAAUACAUUAUUUGAACACAAUAACCGAGAUUGUGCCUUCAGAUCACACAGAGCUUUUGCAAAUUAUGUCACAGAUCAGAUUUUAACGCUGUAAAUGUAGAAGUUUACGGAAAAGUCUUCAAAAAAAAUUUUAUUGUGUACGUUAAAAAUUUGGAUUAGAAAAAAUCAAUAAAUAUUGCCAAUAGCAUA